AGGAUAGGUGUGUCUCCUUCCAUUCAGCAUUAAGCUUUAACGCAGUUUUGCUCCCACGGUCACUUCCUGAUACACCUGUUUGGCAGGUACGCAGGCACACUGCUGGCGCAACGGAGCCGCUGAGUCAUGAUCCAGUAGACAUGGACGCAACUUUGGCGAAACUUUGACGCAACUUAGUUUCUUUUUUUUUUUUUUUUCCGUAUCGUCACACAAACAGGAGCCGUUUUCACAUCUGAAGAUGCGUCUCCCGCUUCGAGGAAACCCGGUUUUGCUGCUGCUGUGGCUGCUCGGGGCUUCGGCUCCUUCCCUGGUCUCCUCCAUCACAGUGAGCACUCCAGCAGAGCUCCAUGCAUCUAGAGGCGACACCGUGGCGUUGUCCUGCACGUUCACCUCCACAAGUAGGCCAACCAGUAAGAUGACGGUGGACUGGUCCUACAGGCCGCAGAGCGGAGGCCCGCCGCAGACGUUCUUCCACUUCUCCUCGAAGGCGUUCCCUCCUCUGGACGGUCAGUUUGCCGGUCGUAUCCGCUGGCAGGGCAGCCCGGCGCGUGGUGACGGCUCCAUCUCUCUGCUCAACGCCACGCUGCAUGACAAUGGGACCUACACGUGCUCAGUCAGGAACCCUCCCGACGUCCACGGAUCCCCGACGUCACACUCGGUCCUCACCGUCACGCCCAAGAUGCCCAGCAUUCGCUUCUCUGACGUUGCCGUCCUCCUCGCCUUCGUCCUCCUCCCCUCCGGUGUGAUCACGCUCAUCCUGAUUGGACGCAUGUUCUGCCCCAAGAAACAGCACAACCAAUCCAAGGCCUACAGAUCACCCAUCGAGGUCACGGAGGGAGAGGAGUAUGGCGUCUACCAACCGGCACCCCAAACAAAAAGGAGCACAUGUUGUGAGCUAUAUCUAUUGGACUCGGACGAUGAGGUGGAGUCCUACAUGGUGAAGAAGCAGCCUCCUGUAGAUGAGGGCUACGCUGAGUCUCAGUGCUAGAGAACCCCGGUGGUUCAGAGAUGUCACUGCAGCCUCUGGACCUGCUGGAGGCACUGAACGGAAAUCACUGCUGGAUCUUCGGUUGCCACAGUCCAUCACGUCGGUGACGGAGUUUACUUUCUGUGGUGAAACUUUUGGAACAAUACUCCAGCGUGAUGUUCAACACUGUAAAAUAUGCAAAUAAGAUUUACUUUUUGCCUACGAGCUCCUAGAAAAACAACCGUGUAUACCCUUGAGCUGGGGAGAGAGAGAGAAUUUCCUCGUGGAUAUUUUCUGUUUAUUCUGUCUGCACAACAGCACCGUAGUCGGUUGUGUACAGACCGACCCUGUGCAUGCAAACACAAACGAGCACUAUCUGUAUUUUUAUAUCUGGAUGAUUUACAUGUGUCACUUUCUUGUUGUGAAGGAGAUAGAUUCAUUUUGUCUAAUUUAUUGCCGGCUGUAUGAAAUCGUCGAUGUGUUAAACUGCAGCAGAACAUUUCUGUUAUAUCCUUAACAGUUGGAGAGAAAAUAAAUGGUUUAAUUUUGAUCAGUAGCUGUGACUACUUAAUGCUAUUUAUAUAUAACGCUGGCAUUAUGUUAUGUUUGAUAUGUUCUCAGCCCAGCAGUAUGUUUUGGGGAUGUCUGUGUUUUGUCUGUAGUUUUGUGGAUGUGGCUAUUUCAUGUGCUAUAGCAGCAUUUAGGAGUUUUGGUUUUGGAUGCACAGCUCGCCUUCUGUUGAUGAAUUUUUCAGCAACACUUUUGCCCAAAUAAAUGGUUCAUGAGCUGAAUAUUUUGCUUUGUAGGAGGAUGGCUUUUUAAAAAGGUGCCUCCAGUCAGUGCAGAAAACCCCCCAACAAACCUGAAUUUGUUCAUUAAACUGAUGUUUCUUCGUUAGCAGACGGUUUAUUUGCAGGAGCUGGUCGCGCUUAGCCACCAUCUUCUCCUCUGCUCCUCUCUUUGUUUGGUCUGCUGCACUAUUCAUGAAUGGGCCUCUUCCACUAUUCAUGAAAGUUCUUGAAUAUUCCUUUAAAAACUCUGAGGACAGGCUGGAGUCUUGGAGCUUCACUCACAAAUUUGCGGCUGCAUCUGUCUCAUCUGCACAGUCGUGGGCCUCGAGAGCCAUGAAAAGACUUAAUAAACAGCCGCCAAUGAACGCACAGA